AUGACACACUCGCGUCCCUUGCCGUCUCCUCCAGAUUUGAAGAUCCAGGACUAUGAAGAACUAAACAACAAAUACAUGAUAGAGCAACAGCAGCAAAAAGCAAUGCCUUUGUCGCCGCCACUACAGCCCACUCUUAAACCAUCUCCUCCUUCAGCAUUACCCUUGAUAAACGACCUGUCCCAAUUUCAUGCAUUGGAUAUCAUACAUGACCCAGGUUACUGUAUGUUCAAAAUCCAAUUGGACAAACAGAAUACUGCUGCUUUAUGCUAUUUACCAACUAGAUGUAAAAAUAUUGUCGAGUUUUAUCAUAUUGAAAUACCAGUUGCAUAUCGACAUCAAGGUCUAGGCGAUCUUUUAUUGUAUCGAGCAUUCCAAUGGGCAGAGAAAACACAUUUGCUAGUGAUACCAACAUGUCCCUUUGUUCGCAAAUAUUUAGAAACACGUUUUCCCGACCAAAAGAGUGGAGAUUGGUCAUGUAUUGUCCUGAGCGAAACACCAAAGGCCUCAUAA